AUGUAUCCUACACUACUUGUGGUUGCUAGCCUUGUGGCCGCCAUCGCCAGAGUUGGCUCUGAGGAGACCUCGUCAAACGGUUCACCUGUGGACGCCUGGAGGGUUGUGACUCUGAAGGACGCUUUUUUCCUCAUCUACCGUUCCUACGAAUUUGAUGAGGGCUUCGGAGACACUGGGAAAUGUGCCUCCAUGCAAUUGUCCGAGGCAAACGAAACAGCCAGGACUACGAAGACCAAAAUAAUGUACAGGGACCCUCAGACGACCGAAAUGACAGAAUAUACUGUGUCUAUCACGGUGCCUCGUUCAGACGGCAGCACAGUCUGCGACACCGUCCAAAUAAGCGACGAGACAUCUUGCGAUUUUCCGACAGCUGAAUUUCAGUACGUUUAUUCGGAUUACGGAACCUGUGACGUGCUUCUCUUUUUGGGAACAGGAGAAAAAAAUAAAUCUCUCAUAAGAGCCCAAAAUGUUUACUAUGUUGUGCAUGAUAUACUUAUUUUCGUGCUAAAAAUAAUGUGUUUUCCUAAAUGUGAAGCUGACGAAUGUGACCUCUGGGUCAAGCAAGGCUAUGAACAACUCCCUCAAGCUGAUACAGAUGCAGUAGCUUCCAGAGCUGAUACAAGCGUCAAAGAAAACAUCGCUAUAUGCGAAGAAGAAUACAAUAAGCAAUGCCCAAGCCAAAAGAAAUACCGAAUCUACGAUACAGCUAAAUGCAGUUCCAAAUUGACUGAAAAUUGA